UUUUUUUUUUAAUUAUCGUAAGUGAUAAAGAAAUUGUCGCGGUUAGUUGGAAGAAGAAAAGAAAAAACAACUCGUAAUUAUUGUGAAAUUAUCUACUAGAUAUAAUAUAAAAAGUACUCAACACUCCAAAAAUAUAAAUAUUAAAAGGAUUUCAUAAACUAUUUGGUUACAAAAUGAUAAGAAUAUUUAGCAAAUCUGCUAAAACAUUAAUAGCGACAAAAACGCCAUGGAACAGACAAUGGAUGGCAAAUAUUAGUACAACAACUGCUAAAGGACAGGAAGGAAAAAUGUCCUCAUCGGAAGAAUUUAGACAGAAGCGUAUCAAAUUCAAUAUUAAGACGGAUCACAUAGAGGGCAGACCCUUAUAUUUAGAUGCACAAGCCACAACUCCAUUGGAUCCUCGUGUUUUGGAUGCCAUGCUGCCCUAUUUGACAAAUUUUUAUGGUAAUCCUCAUUCUCGCACCCAUGCUUAUGGCUGGGAAACCGAACAAGCUGUAGAAACUGCUCGUGAACAGGUGGCCAAUAUUAUAGGAGCUGAACCCAAAGAAAUCAUAUUCACUUCAGGUGCUACCGAAUCCAAUAAUGUGGCCGUUAAAGGUGUAGCCAGAUUUUAUGGCUCCAAAAAGAAGCACAUUAUUACCACACAAACUGAACACAAAUGUGUUUUGGAUUCUUGUCGUGCCUUGGAGAAUGAAGGUUUCCGUGUUACUUAUUUGCCGGUCAAGGCUAAUGGUAUUAUUGAUAUGCAGGAAUUGGAUAAAGCAAUGACGCCAGAUACUGCUUUGGUAUCCAUAAUGACAGUUAACAAUGAAAUUGGUGUUAAACAACCCAUUGCUGAGAUAGGUGCCCUUUGUCGCUCGAAAAAGGUCUUCUUCCACACAGAUGCCGCACAGGCGGUGGGUAAAAUUCCUUUGGAUGUUAAUGCCAUGAAUAUUGAUUUAAUGUCCAUAUCGGGCCACAAAAUCUAUGGUCCCAAAGGUAUUGGUGCCCUUUAUGUACGUAGACGUCCACGCGUUCGUCUUGAACCCAUUCAAAGUGGUGGUGGUCAAGAGCGAGGUUUACGUAGUGGUACUGUUCCUGCACCUUUGGCUGUAGGACUGGGAGCUGCUGCUGAAUUAGCUCAAAAAGAAAUGGAAUAUGACAGAAAAUGGAUUGAAUUUCUUUCCAAACGUUUGUUGGAUCGCCUUACGUCCGAAUUGCCUCAGGUAAUACGCAAUGGUGAUCCCGAACAAACUUACAGUGGCUGUUUGAAUCUUUCAUUUGCCUAUGUUGAGGGUGAAUCCCUAUUAAUGGCUCUUAAAGAUGUAGCCUUAUCGUCGGGCUCAGCUUGUACCUCCGCCUCUUUGGAACCCUCUUAUGUUUUAAGAGCUAUUGGCACUGACGAAGAUUUAGCUCACAGUUCCAUUAGAUUUGGUAUUGGUCGUUUUACUACCGUCGAGGAAGUCGAUUAUACCGCCGAUAAAUGCAUAAAACAUGUUGAACGUCUUCGUGAAAUGUCACCUUUAUGGGAAAUGGUACAGGAAGGCAUUGAUUUAAAGACCAUACAAUGGUCUCAACAUUAAAAAAAAACAUAGCUUAAAAAUCUUUAACACAUUAUUAUAAAACUAUUACUACUGCUUGUAUAAAACGAAUUCUAUACAAAUAUGAAAAAAUUA